AUGUCACUUGACAAGAACAAAACAUCCCCCAAACCAGCAUCCAAACCACGCAGACUCCCGGAGGGCUUUUCCACAAUGAACAAGGACUCAUCCUUCACAUAUGUACACAUGUCAACCGCCUCCAACGCAGACCUCUUUGAAGACUUUUGCAAGGACAAGCUCCCCUCGGAUGAAAUCUUUGUCCCGCCGCAGCACCAGCCGCUGAACCCGGAGGACGAGGAUGACGUGGUGCCCGAUCAGCACGCUGCGUUUGGAAUCACGCGUGCGACAAAGGAGGUGAGGGGAGCGGCAUGGAAGGACUUGGGCCUGGGGGAGUUGAUGAGGAAGGGCCCGCCAAAGGGCGUGAGCGGGAAGCGGAUGCCCAGGUAG